GUAUGCUUUCCUUUUAAAACCACUAAGGAUGACCGGAAACCUCAAACUGGGCCCAGUGAAUUUGAGAAGCGAAGAAAGGACCAUAUCUCCCACUUCAUUCUCCGGCUUGCAUACUGCCAAACGUAAGUGAAGUCUUUACAGCCUUUUCAAUAAACAUGUAAUGUCCCUUUCUCCAAAUAGGCAUGUACCAAGAGGAGGAUGUCUUCUACCAAAUGAUUUGUGACACAACAUACCAAGUGAUUCUCUUACUUUGUAAAUUGAACAAACAAUAAGUUUACUUUUUUAAUCUUGCAGAGAAGAUCUCAGACGGUGGUUUAUCCAGCAAGAGAUUGACCUCUUCCGUUAUCGCUUCAAACACCUGCAUCCCAAAAACCAAAGCGAAUUUCUGCAUCGCAAUAAUCUUCACUAUCAUACAGUGAGUCUAUUUAUUUAUGUUGUUGUUGUGGAGGGAAAUGCACAUUUUACUCUCAAAUGUGAGCAAAACAGCUCUGCCAUCAAUAUAAAGACGGGAAUUGGCAUAACCAAGCAAAUGGUUCAUCCCUGUCCUCCAUUGGUGAAUGCAGAAGUGGUAUGCACUAAAUAUAAAUUCUCAGUAAGUCUGUUCAUGAUGCUGUUUGGACAUAUUUCUGGUAAUGUUUCAGACCCGCCAGCAGAUGGCGGUGUCAGCUCACAAUAGUAUACCUGUCUGAAAACGUCUGCUGUGGUGAGGGUUGUUUUUGCAAUCGAUCUAUUUUGAAGUUGAAUUCUGUUUUACUUCCAGGUGUGUUCCAUAACAUUUGUUGUGAUAAAUUAAAACUUGUACAAGAUAAAUCAAUUGAACUCAAAUAAUUAAAUAGUACACAUUUACAGUACUGUAUAGAACAUGCUCCUUUUCAUUUAAUUUGACAUGACCAGUGAGUAGAGCAGUGUUUUUAGUAUUGCAAUAUGGCAACAAGGGAGGUGAUUCCCCUCCCUCCCACCAACUCGCAUUUAUUUUUGCACUGUGAAAAAGUCCAUUCAUCACAUACAUUGCCCAGAAGGGGAUAGGUAGAACAUUUCCCCAAACAGUCCCUGGAUCAGAGCAUGUGAGUGGAGAUGAGCGGUUGGAGAUCCCGCUCAUCACUCAUGGAGAGGUGCUUGCACACCGCUCCAGUGCUCCAUGUCGUUUCCUACCGCUCCACUAAAAACCGCUCCACACUCACAGAAAAAAACCUGUGAGAAACUGCUGCUCCAAAUUCACUCCAUUCAUUAAAAUCACAAUUUAACCAACACCAUCUAUUUUUAUUGAAACCAAACCAUAUGGAUUUGAAUGAAAAAAAAGGUGAAUGUAAGAAGCGAACAUAAUUUCAAAUAGGCUACAUGUCAUAUUAAACAGCAUAUAAACACUCUAAGUAGGGCAGCCAGACAGGGAGCCUAAGAUGGAACGAAAAUGAAUAAUUUAGGCUAUAUUAUUUCAAGCCUAUAGCCUACAAAGGAAUACAUUGUGAAGCAUCUGCGAGUGCGACACAAUAGGUUGGCAGGGACGUACAGCUUUCAGCAUUUAAACAACAUUCUGUUGUAUUGAAUCAUCAUAGUCUUACUUAAAUACAAAUUAAACGAACAAUGACUUAUUAGUGCCUUUUUUGAAUUCAUUUUUAGAAACACGAGUUUGGCCAGUCUGCGGCUUCAGGCUCAUCCGAUGGUGCCUGGAGAGCCGGCCAGCAGCGGAGAAUAUCCUCUCCACACUUGUAGAGCCACUGGGGAUACUAAACAUCCUUUUGGCCACUCUUGCCAGGCUAUGGCAGAGAUGUUUAUUAUUAUUUUCCUAUAGGUAUGCCUAAAGGUUUUUAGGCAAAAAAAAAACAAUCAAAACGGAAAGCUGUUUAAUAUGCCAGGCCUAUUGGGCCAUAAACCGUUAUGGCCUAUUGUAUAGAUAAUAGAACAAAAAUGAACGAAAAGUUUAAGAGAUCUGCUUUUUAGUUUAGAAAUACUUUGCUACAAUGACACACAGUUAUCUACCCACCUCGUUCCUUUCUUUUAGCAUGUACACGUAGUAAGUAAAGCAUCAUGCUUUCGGGAUAUGUGUCUUCAGAUUCCACAAUGAUUCUUUAGUUGUGGACACUACAUCACCGCACUCCUUCUCUUGCUCUUGGUCUUAGUCUUUGUAAGUCACCUUGAUUUAGCGCCUGUGUUUUAUCAGUUUAUGAAAAUAUUUAGCGAACUCCAUGACAGUAGCUAAAGCAAAUGAAUGCUGGGCCGGGCAUGCCCUGAGCUCGUGAAGUGAGCGCUACUGGAGCGAAAUUGGAGCGAGCGAGAAGGCCGACGCUCCAGCCUUUGGGAAUCCCGCUCCGCUCACAUACUCUGCCCUGGAUAUCAUUAUUUGAGUGACAGAUGGUAAAGCGUUUGUUAUGGCCGCAGGUUCUACAUAGCUGGCAGCCUUUCUUUGAUAAUGUCUUGGGAGAUGGGUGGCAAGGUUCUAACUCCGUCUGCCCUUAUGGUUGGCUGUGUUUUAUCUGCCCUUAUGGUUGGCUGUGUUUUAUCUGCCCUUAUGGUUGGCUGUGUUUUAUCUGCCCUUAUGGUUGGCUGUGUUUAUCCCCGUUUCUAUUACAGUAACCAGGUUUCCAGCCAACCUUUUUAUGCAAGUAAAAUACAUGUCGGAUAAAAAAUGUCACGACUGACCUGAUGGGAACAGAAAAAGCAGAUUUGUUGAUAAACUUUCCAAAUGUCGACAAGACAAAAUACGCUAGACAAGGUGGGAUCUUUUUGUGUCGGUAAAAUUAAUUAUGCAAGAAAUUGCGGUCAACUCCUUUUUAUGUGCAAAUAUUGAUAUAAUAACCAUGUCAAAGUAAACAUGGAGUCACUCUGAUAUGUUGUGUGUUCCUCCCACUACGACUCUGAAAGCGUGCAGUGUAUUAGGCUACAGAUGAAAUGCACAGUGAAGACCUUGAUGCUCCUUUACAAUAAACGUAGAGGGUCUCGUUCUGGUGACAUGAUCGAUGCUUGGCUGCCGUUUUGACAAAUAAAAAUCUUGCUCUUUUGUCCAUUUUAAAAUCUCAUCACGUGCUAUACCUGCACUGUAUGUGCAAGCUGUUGGCUAUAGCGCACAUUUUUUGUGACAAAACCAUCAGAGUUAAAUGCGACGAAAACCCAUUUAACUUGUAUUUUAUUUGGUACAUGGGAAUUGAACCGCAAAAGUUAUUUUUAUGUGCACUACGUCAUCAUGCUCAGCCUUUUAUCCGCAGCAAGUACAUUUGAUGGAAACACAUCUGUGGUGGGAAAAUGCGCAUAUUGUCACCAAUUAUGAAACAUAGCUAUUAUUAAAGCCUGAUAUGUUGUGAUGAUAAAGCAUCUGAUGCAUUAUGGGUCUUCAGUGUAAGAUAUCCCACAAUGGCAUUUAUGCCAGGCCAAAAUGGACUGAAACAGGGAGUGACUCAUAUGAACUAAUGAAUACGAACCAGCUCUCCACUCCCUCGCCUUACCAUGUGUUUGCUGCUUCCACUCUAUUGAUUGAGACCCAUACCAGUCAGAUAGGUCAUCGACAGCCCGAGGACAGAUUGUCUUUCGUUUGUUUAGGCGUAAGAGGACAUGAUAGAUGGGCAAGUGUACAACAGUCUUCAUCUCACUCUGGAGAACAUUACAUCGUUAGAUAGCUAUACUAUCAAGGGUCAAUAUGCUUGUUUCUGUGACUGAAUGCCAACUACCUUUUCCUAAUGUCUAGAUUAGUGUUGAAGAGAAGAACAACCUGAUGGACAAACUCAUCAACUCAAGAUUUGCUGUCAGUGGAACCACGGUUGACUACCAAGACUUCUACAAAGUGAGUUAUCAAUUUUCCGUUCUUUUCUACAAAGGUGAAAUCCUCACGUGGUUAUAUUAGAGGACAUAUACAGUUGAAUUCGGAAGUUUACAUGCACUUAGGUCGGAGUCAUUAAAACUUGUUUUUCAACCACUCCACAAAUGUCUUGUUAACAAACUAUCGUUUUGGCAAGUCGGUUAGGACAUCUACUUUGUGCAUGACACAAGUAAUUUUUCCAACAAUUGUUUACAGACAGAUUAUUUCACUUACAAUUCACUGUAUCACAAUUCCAGUGGGUCAGAAGUUUACAUAUACUAAGUUGACUGUGCCUUUUAAACAGCUUGGAAAAUUCCAGAAAAUGAUGUCAUGGCUUUAGAAGCUUCUGAUAGGCUAAUUGACAUAAUUUGAGUCAAUUGGAGGUGUACCUAUGGAUGUAUUUCAAGGCCUACCUUCAAACGCAGUGCCUCUUUGCUUGACAUCAUGGGAAAAUCAAAAGAAAUCAGCCAAGACCUCAGGAAAAAAAAUUGUAGACCUCCACAAGUCUGGUUCAUCCUUGGGAGCAAUUUCCAAAUGCCUGAAGGUACCACAUUCAUCUGUACAAACAAUAGUAUGCAAGUAUAAACACCAUGGGACCACGCAGCCGUCAUACCGCUCAGGAAGGAGACGCGUUCUGUCUCCUAGAGAUGAUCGUACUUUGGUGCGGAAAGUGCAAAUCAAUCCCAGAACAACAGUAAAGGACCUUGUGAAGAUGCUGGAGGAAACGGGUACAAAAGUAUCUAUAUCCACAGUAAAACGAGUCCUAUAUCGACAUAACCUGAAAGGCCGCUCAGCAAGGAAGAAGCCACUGCUCCAAAACCGCCAUAAAAAAGCCAGACUACGGUUUGCAACUGUACAUGGGGACAAAGAUUGUACUUUUUUGAGAAAUGUCCUCUGGUCUGAUGAAACACAAAUACAACUGUUUGGCCAUAAUGACCAUCGUUAUGUUUGCAAGCCGAAGAAGCAUGUGCGAGCAAGGACGCCUACAAACCUGACUCAGUUACACCAGCUCUGUCGGGUGAAUUUUGGCCCAUUCCUCCUAACUUAUUGUGGGAAGCUUGUGGAAGGCUACCCAAAACAUUUGACCCAAGUUAAACAAACAAUUUUAAAGGCAAUGCAACCAAAUACUAAUUGAGUGUAUGUAAACUUCUGACCCACUGGGAAUGUGAUGAAAGAAAUACAAGCUGAAAUAAAUAAUUCUCUCUACUAUUAUUCUGACAUUUCACAUUCUUAAAAUAAAGUGGUGAUCCUAACUGACCUAAGACAGGAAUUUUUACUAGGAUUAAAUGUCAGGAAUUGUGAAACUAAGUUUAAAUGUAUUUGGCUAAGGUGUAUGUAAACUUCCGACUUCAACUGUAAGUGCACCCCUGUGUUAAGAGAAUGAAUAUUCUAUUGGGAGGCAAAACAUCUGGAUGAGCAAGUUAUGUUGAAUGUAUUACCUCAUACCCCCGUUUCUGUUUUAUUUCAAGGUCCCAUUCCAAGAUGCGUUGGAUCUGGUGAGAACCAGGAAGGUCUACCUGAAGGGGGGCUAUGUCUACAUCCCUCACCAGGACAUUGUCACCAUCGUUCUCAACGACUUCCGUACAAGACUGUCCAAAGCACUUGCGGUAAGGACAUUUUUGUAGACCUCUGUUUUUAUUUUUAUACCGAAUAAUGGCAUGUAACUGGAAUACUUGUAAUUUGAAGACUAUGACAUGGGUUUAAAUGUGUCAUAUAUUAUUUACAGAUUCACAUCACAUCAUUCACAGCCCGACAUAAGCUGUUCCUCUAG